AAAAUACUGAACUCUCCUUGAUUGGGCCACUGUUUGUUUAGAAAAAAUAGGGUUUUUACUAUUAGAUUGUACCUCAAAAUUCUCAUCAAUGGAUACAUCUCUCUCUUUCUCUAGACUCCUCUCUUCUUCCACCACCACAUCACUCUUAUCUCCCAAAACCAAAACCCUCUCUUCCAAUUUUACCCUCCCCCUCAAACUCAACCGUUUCAACCCAAAACCUCUCCGAUUUUCCACUUCAUCCAAAAUCUCCGCCACCAUCUCCGUCGGCGACAAACUUCCCGAAUCCACCUUCUCAUACCUCGACCCCGCCAGCGAAGUCCAAACCAUAACAGUUUCCGACCUAACAAAAGGCAAAAAAGCCGUUCUCUUCGCCGUUCCAGGAGCUUUCACACCAACAUGCUCACAGAAACACUGCCAGCUUAUCAUGUGCGAUUGUUCCAGCUUAAUAGGGUGUUUUAGAUUCGUUUUUCAAAAGCUUUGCGCGCGUAAAUUGAUUCUGAUUAUGGGAAUACUAUGCGGCUUUGUUUCUAGCAAUUGGGCUGAAUCAGUCAUCCAAUUCGAUUUCGAAAUGGCAACCCAAUUUGACAUGUUGUGCGAUGUUCUUCCUGGGCAUAAUUCAUGGAAGUUCAAAGUUCGUGUCCUCCGUAUGUGGGCAAUUUCUUCUUUUAUGAAGCCUAAUGAGUUGAACUCUAUGGAAAUGGUGCUGAUAGAUGAGAAGGGAGGUAAGAUUCAUGCCUUGAUAAGGAAAGAAUUGGAUCUAUGGAAACUUAAAAUUCCUAGCAAAAUCUAUAACCACACAAUUAGUGCAGAAACUACUAAAGUGUCUGCAAAUAGUUCCGAUGAAAAAGCAAUAACAAUAGAACUUCAUGUACAAGGAUUCUAUAAGCUUUUUGUUCAGCCUUUGGCUGGACUUCAACCUAUACCAACCGAAAGUGAUUUUAUUGUAUCUCCUAUCUAUAAAUACAGUUUCAAGAUUCCUCUUUUCUAUCUCUCUAUUUUAUCUUUCAUUUUAUCUCGAAGGUUGGCCAAUUUACCCAUUAGCAAGGAUUUAGCUAAUUAUAUUGAACCCUAUAUUGUUGAAAAUUGCAUUUCAAUGGGACAACAAUUUGGAGAGAAAGAAUUUAAGAUUGUUUUUUAUAUUGAGGUCGUUGAAAUAGAUCUGGCAGAUUGUGAAGAUUGCGAUGAUUAUCGUAGACGCGGUAUCGUUUGA